AAACCCUUUCAUAUUUAUCAAGACAUAUUGUCUUCUUCUUCUUCUUUCUCUUUUCCAUCUCUCACCAAAUACAACAAAAUUCACAAAUCAAUGCUGCUAAGAGCCACCAUUUCCAACACCAAAAAAUUCUUCAGGAAAACAAUAUGGAACUUCAAGUCUUUCUUCUCCAAUACCUACCAUAGGCUCCCCAAGGCCCCCCCGCCCUUCCCCGCUGUCGUCUCCGAAAUGGAUAAAGAUUCAACCUUUCAUUUCAUUUCACCCCAUGAAGAGGUGCAAAAUGGAAGCUUUAUGAAGAAUAACACUCCCAAUGCUGCAGUUCAUUUGUCAACAAGCACGAUGGGCGAAAGCCAGAUGGAAAGAGUUGAGAAAAAUGAGGAUAGAAUGAAAAUUGGAGGUACCCAUCAAAGGAAAAUGCAGGAAAAUUUGGAAUAUUGUAGAUGGAAGAGAAGAAUGUGUUUGGUUGCCAAGAACAUGAAAGAGUUGGAGAAGUUAGACGCUAGAAAUGUGGAUCAUACUUUGGAUAUUGAAGAGAUUCUUCAUUAUUAUUCUCGUCUUACUUCUCCAACAUUUCUUGAGAUGGUGGAUAAAUUCGUUGUCGACAUUUUUGCUGAAUUUUCUGCUAUUUCUUCUUCUCAACCAACUCAAUUGACCAGAAUUCAGUGAAAAUCCAUAGUUUGUACAAGCUUCAGUUAUUCUGAUUUGAUGUGCCACCUAUGAAGUUUGA